AUGGCGGCAGCAAGCAGCCAUACUGAGGACCAGAGCUUGUAUGCAGCCCUGGGGGUAGGCCCCACAGCCUCUGAGGAUGACAUCCGACGCGCCUACCGAGCCUUGGCCACCUCGCUACAUCCUGACAAGACCCAGGAUCCGGAGAGAAGGGACGAUGCUGCCCAGCUUUUCACCAUUAUCCAAGAAGCCUAUGAGGUGCUGAGCAACCCUGAUAAGCGUGACAUCUACGAUGUGUACGGCAAAGAGGGCCUGGCUGCAGGGCUGGAGCUUGGGGAAAGGGUCAAGAAUAAGGAUGACCUACGAAAGGAGUGGGAGCAGUUCAGGGAGCGCCAGGAAACGGCCCGCAUUGACUCGCAAGUCAACUACCGGGGCGCAUACAUCUUUCGUGCUGAUGCUUCAGCUCUGGUGAAACCCUACUCCAAGGUGGCGUCCCGAAUUCCCGAGCUGACGACGGUGUACAUGACCAGCGGGGUCGACAUUCCAGUGGACACCCGAGAUUGGGGCGUCCUGGCUGCAGACCAAGACAUUGUGCACCUGGGAGGCCUAGUGAAUGUCCGGAAGAACGUAGGGGGUGGCAGCUUCCUGGCGGGGUACAAGCGCGUCUACUCGGACUACACGACGCUCGAUGUGAAUGCCGCGGUGGGCCUGAAGAGCCUCUUCUCGGUUUCCUCUGGCGUCCAGCUGUCGCCCCAUGCCCAGGCCAACCUCACCGCCACGUGGCAGCCAGACGAAGGUGUCGGUCUCCAGCUGGUGACGACGAGGCAGCUGUCCAAGACGCUCCAGGGCGAGUACUCCUGGGUGAUCGGGCCGGAGACCGCCGCCGGCAUGUCCCUGGGCAUCACUCGCCGGAUGGAGAAGCUGCUCCUCACCGGCCGUGUGGAGGUGGGAGCGGUGACCGGCUUCGUGGGGCGCGUCGCAAGGCGCAUGGGCGAGAAGACGACGGCUCGGGCCGGCGUCCGGCUCGGCCCCGCCUCCGCCGAGGUGGAUGUGGGCGGGCAGCGCACGCUGUCUGAACUGGCGACGGGGGGCCUCAGCAUCGUCACCGGACCCCAGGGCAUCGUGCUGAAGCUGCGGUACAACCGUGCGGGGCACAUGUUUGAGUUCCCGAUCCUGCUCAGCCCGUUGCUGGACUGGAACAUCCUGGCCGCCGCGUACUGCCUGCCGCCGCUGCUCUACUAUGUGGGCAAGGAGUGGGUAGUGGGGCCUCUGGCGCGAGGCAUCCAGUCCCGCAGGCUGCGGCUGCGGCAGCAGGAGGAGGCCGCCACCAUCCGAGCUGCGCUGGCACAAGCGGCAGCUGCCGCGCAGCUGCUGGGGCCCGUGGCCGAGCGACGGGCGCAGCGCGAGGCCAGCCAGGAUGGGCUGGUCAUCGCUCUGGCGCUCUAUGGCGCCAGCAGCGAGGUGGAGGCGGAGGCGGCCCGCCGCAUAUCUCUUUCAUCGUCGGCUGCAACUGAACAGGAAACCGAGGCUACCUCUCCUCGACGCGAGCCAGCUGUAGGCGUGGUGGAGAGCACCGCUGACGAGCAGGAAUCUGGCAUGGGCCCAGGUGGCAGUCAAGAACCGCCGGUGCCCGUCGCUGCCAAUCCCGAGUUAGAGGAGAGGCCGCCCUCGCCAGUCGCCGAUGUCACUGUGGCUGUGCAGUACCUGGUUGAGGCCGGCAAGGCCGUAUUCCAUAAAGGUUAUACCAAGGCGGGGCUGAUUGGCUUCUGCGACCCUGCCCCUGGAACCGAAAAAACCCUGUUGGUGCUCUUUUCCUACCGGGGACGUUGCUUCCGUGCCACCCUGGCAGACACGGAGGGUGGCAUCCUACCCGCCAGGGGUGAUGUGGCAAGGGAUGGGGAUGAGGCGGCCUUCAUUGCUGCCGCGCCUGCUCGCUGGAGGUAG